AUGGGCGGCGGCAGCCUGGCCAUCGUGGAGAAGAAGCCGCCGCUGAACGCCGGGGGGUGCGCGGGCGGGGUGCUCUUCCACCUGCUCGACUGGCACCGCCGCCUCGCCCGCAAGCGCCGCCUCUUCUCCCCGCGCCGCCUCCUCCCCUCCGCCGCCCGCUCCUCAAACUCCUCCUCCACCCGCAGGCUCCUCCCGGCCCCGCCGCCGUCCCCCGCCCCGCCACCCCCGCCUCGCCCCAAGUUGGGAAUGGCCGCUGGGUCUGACUCCCCCGCCGCCGCCCCUCCCGGCGUCGUCGCACGGCUCAUGGGCCUCGAGUCCUGGCCCGCCGACGCCCCCCUCACCACCACCCCUCCGCCCAGGCCGCAGAAGCAGCGCAAGGUGGACGCGGCGGCGGUGCAAGAAGACGCCGUGUCGUCGGUGGUGGUGAUGCUGAGCCGGCGCCCGUCCGCGCACGCGCACGCGCGGAGCCACCACAGCGCCGACCUGCCGGCGCGGAGCCCGAGGCGGGCGCGCCUCGUGCACGCCGCCGCGGCCAGGCUGCUGGACCCGGGCUCCUCCAGGGGCAGGCUCGCGUGCGCGUACGCCUGCUCCUCGCCGCAGCACCGCGGCCACGCCGGCGGCACGCUCCAGGACUUCCUGUCCCGGUCCGACAGCCUGGCCGCUCCUCCAGCGGACGCGGAGCCGGACAGCGCCGUCGGGUCUUCGUCCCGGUGGCAGCGGAUGCAGCGCUCCGUUGAGACCGCCAUGGCAGGCGAUGCUGGUGCUGGGUUGGUGAUGAGUGGUAGUGAUACGAUUGUAGUGCCAAGAACAGAUUUUGGUGAUGCAGACAUGAGUAGAGACAGCACUCCUGAUGUGGACGGCAUGCGAAAGGAUAACAGAGCAAGAACUGGGGGAAUGGGCAGCUGUGCCGGGGUCAGAUCGAGCAGUGCCGGCGCUGGAUUGAGAACUGGAGAACAAAGGCUGCUGCGAAAGAGGGGAACCUUCUCUAGGCCGGAUGUUCCGAGGAGCAUCGCGUCUGGGAACUUGGCUAGUGCAACGCGUUCGAUCGGCAAUGCUCCUGAACUGGCACCUGGUGGUAGUAGCAGCAGGAGGGCAGCAUGCAAUUCCGGUCCAAGCAGGGAACCGAUGAGUUCAAUCACUUCGCAAAGAAGCACUCGCAGAGACGGGAUCGAUCGGAGCGGGCUGGCGUCCACGAGCAGGAAUGUAAGCAAUGCGUCUGGGCCGAGAAGAGGAUCACGCAAGAAGAUCGACCAUGGUACGAGAUUCAGUAGUAACAGAGAUGACCGUAAUGCAGCUGCAUUUGCCUCUAGCUCAUCCAUGAGACCGGCGUCCAGGGCUUCGUCACUCGGCCAAGUUUCAGAGAAGAGAGGGUUCCGAAGCACGCAAUCUGAUACCAGUUGUACAAGAAUGCCAGUAGUGGAUGCCAAAUGUUUGGAAAUUGAAUAUCGUUGUGCGGGCGCUACAUCUGAGAAAGAGGAGUUUAGCAGGUUGUUGAAAGCGAAAAUCGAUGAGCUUGGCCUGUCUGAUAAGGUUGCACCAAGUGACGCUCAUUCAGCAAACUUGACCGUGUCAUUGCUCCAGGAGCUCAUCGCUGCCCUUACUGAUGACACAAACACCUCGGCCUCUCAAUGCACCUCUCAAUGCAGUAACUAUUCCGAUUCAUCAGCUCCUCUGAAUAAUGCUGACACCGUAUGCAAUUCCAAUGAUCAAUCGCUUGGAUUUCACAAGUGUUAUCAGUUCCAGGGUGACCGAGAGGCUGAUUUUUCCGUUACAUGCACAAAUGAUGAGCCCAAUCAGCCAAGUCCAACAUCAGUCCUCGAAGCAUGCUUUUCAAAUGAUGCUUCCUCCUUAGGCAGUCCAGUUGAAAAGAAUGAAGGUAAAGAAUUUUUUGUUUCAAUGGAGAACAAGAUGGAAGACCUCUUCAAUUUGGACUCUGACAUGGUAGAGUUGGCCAUGUCCAUUGACACAACAAAGACUGAUGCUCAUGGCCGUGAAGAAAUUCCACAUGUUCAGAGUUUUGCGGCGCAUGACUUCAACUUCUUAGAAGGGAGGCUCCACAGCAUUGGAGAGGCUGUUGCAAACGCUGAACUGCUUCUGGACAGUAGCCUUUUCUGCGGCAUGCCAUCAAGUCUAUCACUCCAUUCUUUCAUUGUCGAAAUGCUGGAAACUGUCGAGGGUUGCUUCUGCGACGGAUCGGAGAGCCUAGGUUUCGAGGAAGAGAACAAGUACCAGCGCACCAACUUCCUGUUCGACUGCAUCGUCGAGUCGCUGGAUUCAAGGUUCCGCAACUUCGGCAAAUGCGGGUACAAGGCGUGGCUGAGGCUCCCUCUCACUCUGAGCAAGGACAUGCUGAAGAGGGAGGUGUCCGAGGAGAUCAGCACAUGGAUGGACCCUGUCGACGAGGUUCCUUCAAACCGAGCAGCGGAGAAAGAGCUGGACCAAGUGGCUACUGCCAGCCAGGACGCAUGCAAGGUGGAAGCGUUCAAUAUCAGCGUCGCGAUCGAGAAUGACAUACUUGAGGCCCUUGUCGGUGAGUUUGCAUCUGACCAAUGCUGAAGGGGAUCUUUCUGGUUGACGUGAUCACGUAUAAGUAACACUCUGCAGAUAUGUACCAUAUUUCUCCGCAAGGAAAAUUUGUACAGUCAUGUAAGAUCGAAACGGCCUCGUGUUAUUUCACUUUUUGUACUCUCUAACUGAAACGUGCUCCUACUGAAAGUGUAUGCACUG